AGUUUUGUUUUUUUCCUACCUUGCAGCAGUCAAACAAUGGAGGAAUUAUCUUACCAAGUCAAGGUUUUACAAGCUCAGAUCACAGAAGUACAACAGAGACUGAGCUAUUGGAAUAAUCUAGAGAAGAUCAACAACUUGGAACAUCUUAGACAAAUGGAAGAUUCACUACGGGAAUCAAUCAAUCGAGUAGGCCUACAAAAAUUGCAGGAAGGGAUGGCAUUACCUUCGAUGAUCGCAAGUCUACAAGACUCCCAACCAUUGUCUUGGCUUUUGAAUGACGAUAAUCAUCACUUGAUGUUACCCAACGAGCCAAAAUUUCAAUCAUUUAGUGAUAAUACCAAUAGAGAUGUUGAGUGUUCAACUGACAUUUCACUCCCAAACUAUUCUGGAUAUAUUGGGAGCAACAAAUUUGAAGUUGGCAGCUCUCCCCAAGUCACUACUUUGGGUCAAGGAGGUGGUGCCAUGAAUGAGUUAAAUGGAACUACUUUCUUAAAUGUACAAUGUUGUGACCAGUUUGCAUACCCUCCCCCACCAGAUAUCGAGGAAGUGAAACAAUUCCCUACAAUGGACAAUAAAUCAAACACUGUGGAUUACCAAGUUCAUAACAACUUUGAUCUUCCAAGAUCAUUGUUUGAAAAUGGACAUCAGUUUUGGAAUUCUGCUUCUGGGUCUUGUGGGAUAGCCAUGUUUAACGAGAACAACUACCAUAAGUAAUUGAUUGGUCAAGUGUUCAAUCUAUAGCCUUUUCAAGUGAGAAGAAUAUUAGUUGAUAAGGACAUGACCAAUACUUGCCAAUCAUCUCCACACAAAACAAAAUUAAGUUGUCUUUCCACCUAGGAGGUUAACAAGACUCAUAAUAAUGAGUUAUGUUAGUUGUAUAUAUUGUAGGAUGCAGUUUGUUCACGUACAAGUUUUUAACUUGACUAAUUUUUUUACUAGUUUACUAGUAAAUUUUUGAAAUUGAUCGAUGAGUCAAGAUGUAAAUUUAAAUUUUGUACAAAAGUAUUUUCAUGUGAUUUGAGAC